ACUAAUUUUUUUCCGAAGGCCUGUUUCUUGGAUGCCCUCCCCGCAAAGGUAAAAGGAAACCAAAGCGAGACGGAAGAGGAGCGGCCGAAAAGGAAUAAUAAAGAGGCUGAACGCCGAAGCCCGAAGGAAGGUCUAAUCGAUCGGCAAUGGCGGCAGAAAAGAAGCAGGCCGCGAUCCCCCCUCGCUACGACCUCGAUGCCAAGUGGGACGCCUGCCUCGAUCUCACCAUCCGCCGCUUCUUCUACUCCUCCCUCGCCGGCGCCUUCAGCGGUCUCCUCCUCUUCCGGAGUCCAACAACUCGAUGGGCAUCUGUAGCUUUUGGUGCUGGAGUGGGGAUUGGAACAGCAUAUACUGAAUGCUCUUACAUAUUUGAUGGUUCACCUCCAAAGUUGUCUCCAAAGGUUUCAGCUGUUCCUUCUGGUUCUACACAACUAAUGUUUGGAAAUGUUCAAGAAAAUGCUUUCAGAAAGGAGCUGGAGUUUCUACCAACAACAGAAGCAAAGUUGAAUCUGUUGCUUAAAACUUCUUCCAACAAAGUCUGCUUGGGCGAGGAUGUGUUUUCCCUGUAACUUUGAUUGUUAUACCCAUAAUAUGGAGGAAAAGAAGUGAAAGCAUGCCAAUGGAAUGCGAGAACCAUAGGAUGGAGAAAUUGGUUGGCAUUAAAGAGCUUGCUGUUGCUUUCUUUUUGUUUCUCGUGUAUCUGCAGCAUUUUUCUAUGGUUCCAAUACAUGUGAUACUCUUUUUGCUGAUUCUACAAGAAUACUGUAACAGUUGUGACUUUGGUUGAUUAUGGAGAGCAGAUAAUAAAUGCCUCCCAUGUAACCUGGUUACUGGUGGUACCUAUCUCUGCAGAGAAUAUUUUUGAAUAUUUAUGCCACAUAAUCACAACUCUACAAUCUUUUUUC